UGUGUUUCAGAGGGUGGUUGGAAGAUUUUAUAACCUUGGUGGUUCCUGAUGUGUAACCAGACUCCAGUGAAGUCCCAACAGAACAAGGUCCUUUAUGGCUGUACCUGCGGCACCUGGAGGUUCCAGGAUGGGGUCCAAUCAGAGCUGUAGCUGCCGGCCUACACCACCACCGUAGCAAUGCAGGAUCCAGGCCUCGACUUCAACUCUACACCACAGCUCACGGCAGCGCCUGAUCCCCAACCCACUGAGUGAGACCAAGGAUCGAACCUGUGUCCUCGUGGAUACUAGUCGGAUUCGUUUCCACUGAGCCAUGACGGGAACUCCCCUCAUGAGAAAAUUUUGAAAUAGGCUAACAUAUUUGUAAAGUACUUUGAAAUUUCUCAACUCAAGCCGUGAAAGAACCCUCCUCUCCAUCCCUCGGGAAAAUAAGAUUGCUCUUUGCAGAAUGUAAACGUUUCCUAGUCUCCUUGUCUGUAAUUUUGUCUUUUAACUGUACUGUCUGCUAUGAAAAAAAGUGAAGUAGCCUUAAAAGUAACUUAAAAUUUUAUUUAUUUAUUUAUUUAUUUUGUCUUUUUGCUUUUUUCCAGGGCCGCUCCUGUGGCACAUGGAGGUUCCCAGGGUAGGGGUCUAAUAGGAGCUGUAGCCACCGGCCUACACCACAGCCCCAGCAACGCAGGAUCCGAGCCGCGUCUGCGACGACCCACACCACAGCUCACGGCAGGGCCGGAUCCUUAACCCACUGAGCAAGGCCAGGGAUCGAACCCUCAACCUCAUGGCUCCUAGUCGGAUUCGUUAACCACUGCGCCACGACAGGAACUCCUUGCUUUUUGUUUAAAGUUCUAUUGAAGUAUAGUUAAUUUACAAGGCUGUGAUCAUUUCUGCUGUACAGCCAAGUCCUUCUUAGGUUUUUAAAGCCCGUUCCUUGAAAAGCAUCUUGAAGAGGGAUUAGACAUAACUUAAAAACGAGAGCUCAGGAGUUCCCAUCCUGGCUCAGCAGAAACAAAUCGACUAGCAUCCUGAAGACGCAGGUUGGAUCCCUGGCCUCGCUCAGUGGGUUGAGGAUCAGGCGUUGCCGUGAGUUGUGAUGUAGGUUGCAGGUGUGGCCUCGAUCUGGCGUUGCUGUGGCUGUGGCGUAGGCUGGCAGCUACAGCUCCGAUUUGGCUCCUAGCCUGGGAACCUCCAUAUGCCAUGGGUGUGGCCCUAAAAAGACAAACGAAAGAAAAAAAACAAAGACCUCAGAUUCUAUUCUUGAAUUGACUUUCAAGUAGCCUCUAAAAAAAAAAAAAAAAAAAAUCUUGGAAGUAUUUGAUGGUUUUUGUGUCACAUAAGCUCUCAGUUUCCUAGAGAGAUUUUGUGUCAACAUCAUUUUUAUCACUGCAGAGCCUCCUCAGUUGCCUUGAGGGAAUAAGAGUGUCUUAUAUUGCCCCUGUUUUUAGCACCUGAAUUACUGCUUCUGUUUCUCAGAAGUUCUUGCAAGUUCUUUCCUCUGUUAGUAAAACAUGCCUUUUAGGGAGGGCUGUGGUGCUCUUGCCUUUGAGGGACUGGUUUCUGCAUUUGUUCCCUCUUUAUCCCGCUUCAGUGAGAAGGGUGUGUUUUGCAGAAGUGUGGUUGUGUGUCUGUAGCACAGCAGGAAGUUGCUGCUGAUCAGAAUUACUUGGAAGCCGACUCAUCUCUUCGUUCCUCCACCACCUUUCCCCUCAUUCUCUCCUUUUAGUGUAAAUUAACAUUUGAUAUUUAUGUAAAAAUUACAGAGCCUCAGGGUUUAAAAGCUUUUUUGGGGGUGGGGGGUGUGUGUCAUUUUUGGCCCCCUGAGGCACAUGGAGUUGCCAGGGGCCAGGGAUCAGAUCGGAGCCACAUUUGCGACCUGAGCUUCGGCAACACCGGAUCCCCAGCCCAUUGUGCCUGGUCGGGGAUCAAACCCGCAUCGCAGUGGCUCCCCAGACACUCCCGCCGAGCCCAUUGUGUCACAGUGGGAGGUCCUAAAAAGCAUUUUUGAUGUCGGCUAGUCCAGGUGUUCCUUGGAUGUUUGAGUCUGUCCCCAGCAUCCUUGAAAGGUGGUGGAAUGGCUUCAGGGCCUCCCCCAGAGGGAGUGGGCAGCCUGUCCGCCUGUCCCCCUUUCCCUCCGUUCAUGCUCUGCUCGUUGUGCAGGCCAGGAUAGGCCGGUGGCGACACUGCUGCUCCGCCAGCCCUUGAAAAGUUGCGAGGGUCAGUUGGAUGGUAGUUGUUUUGUACUCAAGCUCUUUACAUAGCUAGAUGCACCAGGGCAGAGCCCUGGAAAACCUGUGGCACGGCAUUGCCAAGACCGAAUAGUGCAUGUGUCACCUCUGCUAACCACUUCACAUGUUCUGUUUUAGAAGAAAAUCGUUGAGAACUGACUUCAUCGUGAUUAGAGUUCUCGUAACCUGGAAGAAUUUUCAGACUGUGACAGGUUUUUCAUGUGCCCCCAUUGCCCGCUCACUCAGCUGUAAGCUUUGGAGGCCUUGAGGCCUUGGUGCCUUGGUGCUGGAGGGUGUGUCUCUACCGUCCUGGACAUCGGGUCCCUUUACUAGGGGGAGAUAGUGUAAGUUUUUCUUCUGGAGGACAUUUCGUUAACAGCUCAACACGUAAGUGUUCUAUGGAGUCCCCUUUGAUUUCCAAAAUAAGUAAACCCUGAAAAUAAAGCAAAAACAAGCGCACACUCGCCAAAAUCGAACCAACAGAUAAUACCCACAAAUCCGUAAACAAGGCCUUUUGAGGCUACAACAUGAGUAGAUUUGCUUCCUGGACUAAGUGUAAAAUUCAGAAUUCUGGUCCCGAAAUGACUACGAGGAGAGGAGAUACCACUAGCUUCUGCUGUUGGCUUGUGAGACAGUAAAAAUGGUGACUGUUGCUCUGAAUUUCCGAAGCAGGGGGGUUAAGUUUUCCUGACCUUUCCCCCGAGGGCCCGGCCGUCUGCCAAGAAUGGUGGUAGAAUGCAGUUUCUGGCGUAAGGCUGAGAUGCUUUUUUCUUCUCUCCUGUAGACUGCAUUUGGUCAAUUUUGUGGAACCUGUGGGCCUCAAUUACUCCAUGUUUAUUCCUACCUUGCUGAGCCAGGGCACCACUGCUCAGAGGGAGAAAUGGCUGCCUCCGUCCAAACGACUGGAGAUCAUUGGCACCUACGCCCAGACGGAGCUGGGCCACGCUUUGUGCAGCGAGGACAUCCUGGGCCUCUGGAUCUGCACGUGGGCAUGUUCCUGCCCACCUUGCUUCACCAGGCAACUGAGGAACAGCAGGAACGCUUCUUCAUGCCCGCCUGGAACUUCAAGAUCAUUGGCACUUAUGCUCAGACAGAGAUGGGUCAUGGAACUCAUCUUCGAGGCUUGGAAACCACAGCCACUUAUGACCCUGCAACCGAGGAGUUCAUUCUCAAUAGCCCUACUGUGACUUCCAUCAAGUGGUGGCCUGGUGGACUCGGGAAGACCUCAAAUCACGCGAUAGUACUGGCCCAGCUCAUCACCCAGGGGAAGUGCUAUGGACUGCAUGCCUUCAUUGUCCCUAUCCGGGAACAGGGGACCCAUAAGCCUUUACCAGGUAUUACCGUCGGGGACAUUGGCCCCAAAUUCGGCUAUGAUGAGAUGGAUAAUGGCUACCUGAAGAUGGACAAUUACCGUAUUCCCAGAGAAAACAUGCUGAUGAAGUAUGCCCAGGUGAAGCCAGAUGGCACGUAUGUGAAGCCCCUGAGUAACAAGCUGACCUACGGCACCAUGGUGUUCAUCAGGUCCUUCCUCGUGGGCGAGGCCGCCCGGUGUCUGUCGAAGGCGUGCACCAUCGCCAUCCGCUACAGCGCCGUGAGGCACCAGUCUGAACUCAGGCCAGAUGAACCAGAACCACAGAUUUUGGAUUAUCAAACCCAGCAGUAUAAACUCUUUCCCUUCCUGGCCACUGCCUAUGCCUUCCAGUUUGUUGGCGCAUAUAUAAAAGAGACCUAUCACCGCAUUAAUGAAAACAUCCGCCAGGGGGACCUGAGCGGCCUACCUGAGCUUCACGCCCUCACCGCGGGGUUGAAGGCUUUCACAUCCUGGACGGCUAAUGCUGCCAUCGAAGCUUGUCGGAUGGCGUGUGGCGGGCACGGCUAUUCUCACUGCAGUGGACUUCCAAAUAUCUAUGUCAACUUCACCCCAACCUGCACCUUCGAGGGAGAAAACACUGUCAUGAUGCUGCAGACGGCCAGGUUCCUGAUGAAAAGUUACAACCAGGUGCACUCAGGCAAGUUGGUGUGUGGCAUGGUGUCCUACCUGAAUGACCUGCCCAGCCAGCGCAUCCAGCCUCAGCAGGUGGCAGCCUGGCCGACCGUGGCGGAUAUCAACAGCCCUGACAGCCUGAUCGAAGCCUAUAGACUGCGUGCCUCCAGACUAGUAGAAAUUGCUGCGAAAAACCUUCAAACUGAAAUGAGUCACAGGAAGAGCAAGGAGGCAGCGUGGAACCUAACUUCCAUUGACCUCGUCCGAGCCAGUGAGGCACAUUGCCACUACGUGGUCGUCAAGCUCUUUGCCGAAAAACUCCACCAGAUUCAGGAGAGGUCCAUCCACGCUGUCUUAAGGAACCUGUGUCUCCUCUAUGCUCUGUAUGGAAUCAGUCAGAACUCAGGGGAUUUUCUUCAGGGGAGCAUCAUGACAGAGUCUCAAGUCACCCACGUGAACGAGCGUGUGAAGGAAUUACUGAUGGCCAUUCGCCCUGAAGCCGUUGCUCUGGUUGACGCAUUUGAUUUUCAGGAUGUGACCCUGGGCUCCGUGCUUGGCCGCUAUGACGGGAAUGUGUAUGAAAACAUGUUUGAAUGGGCCAAGAAAUCCCCGCUAAACAAAACGGAGGUCCAUGAAUCUUACCACAAGCACCUGAAGUCACUGCAGUCCAAGCUCUGAAGUGUCCUGACGACGAGUUCAGUCUGCUCCCGAAAGCAGUUGUGCUCCGUUCCCCUCACACCUGUCACAGAAAUCUGCGUGGAACCUUUAUCCAAUUCAGAAAAGCUAUAGAGCAAAUGAUAAAUUUUCCCUUUUCUCUUUUUUUACAUUGAAAAAAAAAAAACAAAAAACAAAAACCCCAAAUUUCGGAGAUUAAAGGAAAAAAACAGGUGGUUUACAAGUGCAGUUAACACUGAAAGACUGUUGGGCAUUCAGAAAGGCUUUAAGAUGUGUGGUAGGACUUCCAUUUGUACUGCUGACCCCAGGAGGCUAUGACUUUUAAUAAUCUGUAGCACUUAACUACUAAGUAGUUAAUUAUUCCCUAAUCACAAGUGUUUUUAAAGCAAAGCAAAGGUAUUUCGUGAGGGGGCGGGGGUAGAACCCUGCCGCCCUUUCCCACUAAUCACCCUGCGACUCCCGCCAGGGCGCGGGUUAGCCAGCAGGACUGAAGAGGGACCGCCUGGUGUACGUGUGACUUUGUGUUCAGCACCUUGAUGCGUUUCCUGCCUGCCUGCCCACCUGCGUUCAUGCAUCGGGCCUGUCUAACUGUUCCGAGUCGUAGUUUCCCAGCACCAGGAUUUCCCCAGCACAGGCUACCGUGGGGUCCCUGCCCCGUGAAAUUAACGCACCUUCCACUGGAGGGGUCCCUAAAGUGCCACUCUAGUGCUCUACAAGGCCCUUUGUCCCCAGCUUCUCGGAAGGGGGGAGGGAGCGAGGUUUUCUCUGCGUGUUUCUACUUGUGGCAACUGAUGGGACCUCAGUGCUUCUGAUCCUUCCUGUCCAUCUCCUGAGAGAUGCGGGAGAAAGGAGGCAAAAACAGCCCCACUUCCGCCUUAGUAGGACAGGAGCAGGGAGCAUGCUCAGUUAUGGUUGCUGUAACUUUGGUGACCACAUUGCUGGCAUUUCCUGAAACAGUCCAGUUUUCCUGUAGUCUGUCACUUUGGCCCAAUUCAUUAAAAUGCUUGGAGGUUACAGCAUCUGGCAUUACAAAAAAUAAAAGCACCCCUUGUCGCCUCUUAGACCCAGGAGUAGCACAGACCCAGGAGUAGCACGUUUGUCUGCCUGGACAAACGUCAUGUUCUGAUUUUUGGAUCAGAAAAUAUGAAUCGUUGAAACUGACUAAAGGGUAAGUGGAAGUUCCAUAGAACCUAUUUCUUUUUGUAUAUCCAAUUUUUUCGUCAGUAUCCGAUUUUAUUUUCAGUAUGUUCCUACGAGCUUUAUCUGACUUGCUGCACUGUCAGCCGAAGUCUAAUUUACACAAUCAUUCUAUAUUAAAAGGCUAAACAUGUAUCUCAAGGUAAUUUUUUCUUAAAAUCAGUGUAAAACAAGUCACUAGAUUUUUUUUUUUUUUUUAACUUGUUAACUGUAUUUGUGACAUCUGCCUCAUGAAACCAGUCAUUCUAGAAUCAGUCUUGAGAAUGUCGUAUAUAAUUCGGUGGAAAUGGAACUCCUGUCUUGGGACCUGACAUAAAAUCGAUCCCAGUAGAACUGGCAACAAGAGACUUUAAGGUCCGGCAAAAGAAAUAACUGCCUGUUAAGCCUUAAUCUUUCUACUAGGAGAACUAAUAGAUCAUUAUGUUCAGAUUGAAGUAAAAAUGCACUCUGUUCAUUUCCUUCGGGUGUGUCUUGACUAGUUCAGAUCCUGGGAGGUAAUAGAAUGUAUUCAGAUUGCUUAAUACUGACCUAUUAAAUAUGGAAUUGUUUCCAAUUAGUGGUUAAAAAUUGUACUGGCAGGAAUACCUGUGGCAAGGAUCCGAGGGUGUUUGGAACGAUACCCACCCAAUCCAGCUGCAUGGAUCUGGGAUCUGAGCAGGUUGCAAUAGGUUGUGGGCCCUGCACAGCCACCUUCUGUCCAGCACCUUAAGUUUUACUUACCAACUAAACUGGAUAUUGACAGUAUUUCUGUUAACAUUGAAAUGUUUUGUCUUGAAUCUUAUUCACUGUAAUUAAAGAAUAAAAUCCUGUAAAACCUGA